AUGGAACAUAGAUAACUAUUAGAAACUCUAGUAUUCGAUUUAUUAAAUAGUCCAAUCAACCCCUUAAAUUAAGUAUUCUUAUGAAAUAUGUUAGUAUCAAGACUUUUAGAUUUAACAUAUUUGUAAAUAAAUUGGAGUUAAUGAAUAUGGAGGUUAAAGAGAUCCAAUUUUUUUAAAGCAUUUUGCUUCACAAUUUAUUUCAUAUUUAAAUGAACAAAAUGAACUCUCUUAAAUCAUAUAAUAAGCUUAAAAUACAAGAAAUUUAUAAAAAACAUAGGAGCUAGAAGAAAAUAAUCAAAUUUCUAUACCUCUAAAAUCUUUGCAAAUUUAAGGUUCUAUUUCUUCAUAACUAAAAAAUGAUGUUGUCUAAAUUAUUGAUGAUGAUUUAGUUGAUUCAAAUAAGCGAAAAAAUGAUUUGGAGGCAUUUCUUGUAAAACCUGAAUAGCUUAUGCCAAAUUUUAUAGGGGUUAAUUUAGACAUAAAUAAUAAUCAAUUUAAUAAAACUAAUGAUUACACUAAACAUAUAUCUACUACUAAAUCUUUUUCUAAUAAAUAAGAAAUUAAACUUAAAGACCCAAAAUUAAUACCAGAACUUAUUCCAAAAAAGAAAAUUGAAAAAAUUCCUUAAUAAAAUGAUUAAUUAAUUAAAUCUCAUACUUUACUUGAUCAUAUAGAAUAAAAAGAUGCUUAAUUAAAUAAAUCUAUAUAUUUUAAACCAGAUCUUAAAAACUAGUCAAAAAAGAAAAAGUUAUCUCCUCCUCCUUUGGAUUUAAUUAAAAGAAAAGAUAAUAAACCUUAAUCUUUUAAACUUGAUUCUUUAUCUGAAUCAUUUGAAUUCAGAAUCUCAGAUGAUUUAUCUUUGAGAGGAGAAGAUAACAUAAAAAAAAAAGAUAAUUCAAAAUUGUAAAAUAACCCAGAAAAGAAAAUAACUUAAGAUUUAGAUAAAUUUGAUAACAAAGCAAAAUUAUAGAAAAUUGAAAAAAAGAAGCAUUCUGAAUCAAAUUCAAUAUAGUAAACUGAAAAAUCAAAUAAUCCUAUCAUUGAAAAAAAAGAUAAAGUAGAUAUAGAUAAAUAAAAAAAAGAUAAAAAAGAAUUAGAAAAAUAAUAAUAAAGAGAAAAGAAUUAAAUAUUAGAAAGAUUAGAAAAAGAUAAAUAUGAUAAAGAAAAAUUAGAAAAGGAAAGAUUAGAAAAAGAAAGAAUGGAAAAAUUUGAAAAAGAAAGAGCAGAAAGAUUAGAAAAAGAAAGAUAAGAAAGAUAAGAAAGGUAAGAAAGGUAAGAAAGGUAAGAAAGAUUAGAACGAUUAGAAAGAAGCGAUAAAAAUAGAUAAAAAGAAACAUAAGAAUUAGAAUAAAUUAUUGAAAAACUUUUAUGUACAAAUUCUAAUGAAAUACCUAAAGUCAAAAAGAAUUAAGAUUAAGUACAAAUUGUUGAUGGUAAUGAAAAAGCAAUUAAAAAAUUAGAAAAAGAAUAAUCUAAAUUAGAUAGACCCUAUUGUAAUUAUUGUUAUAAUUUGGAAAACAAAACUAUUGAAAUAUAGGAUGGAGUAAGAAUAUGUACAUAAUGUUUGUUAGUAUCAAUUAAUCCAUUUUAAAAAAUCAUUUAACAAUUGGCAUAUACAGAAUAUAAAUGUUCAGGUAAAGAAAAUGCAAAAACUAGUUAGAGUUUUACUAUUGAUAUACCUACUAAUUGCAAUCUUGAAAUAAGAUGUGUGUCUUUAAAUAAAUAAGGAUUAUAUGAUAUGACUUUCCCAAUGUCUUGCACUCUUUUAAUUAAUGGAAAUAUUUUUAAAGAGAUUAGACCAUUACAAGAGAAAUCAAGUUUAAAAAAAAGAAGGGAUACUUCAAUUUACAUAAAUGUGAAAGAUUUAUUAAAAUAAAAUAAUUCUUCUAAAAAAUACAUAUUUUCAAUAAUUGAACAUUUGGCUGAUCAAUCAUUUCGUAAAGAUACAAUUGGUUAAAUCUAUUGUUUUGGUUUGUUUUUAGUAGAACCUUUAAAUGUGAUUUAAACAAUAGAGAAAUUUAAAUCUCUUGAUAUUUAACCAAAGAUUAAAACAGAAUAUGGUAAAAAAGAUAUCUAGGUUGCAAAAACAAUAAUUAGUCUUUAUUGUUAAUUCACUUUAGAAUUGAUUUAGAUACCAGCGAAGUAAAUCAUUUUUAAAUGUAAUAUUAGGGGAGAAUUCUGUUAACAUGAAUAAUGUUUCUGUUUAAGCAGCUUCUUAGAAAUGAUGAUUAAAGUAGAACAUAAAAAGUGGAUAUGUCCAAUUUGUAAAAAAGUAUGCUUCCAUUUAGUCAUUGACAAAUAUUAAUUAUUUAUAAUAGAAAGAAUCAAAUAAUUAGAAAUAUUUAUAGAUCAAUUAGCAUUAGAUCAUAAUGUAUCAUAUUAAAAUAUAUAUAAAGGGAUAAUUGGAUAAAGAUGAAUAAAUUAAUUUAAUAUUGUAAGAUGAAUCUAUUAAAACAUACUAAGAUAUUAUUGAUAGAGGAUAUCAGAAUAUUAAUAAAAUCAAUAAAAAUGAUGAUGAAGAUGAUAUUCCUAUAAUAAACAAUGCAGGAAAGAGUUAAAAUUUAGCUAUAAUUUUGAUAGAUGAUUGA